GUUGAGUGCAUUGGUCUGAACCAAAAGCCUUUUCACCUGGUUGGAACGUCCAUGGGAGGAAUGAUUGCUGGUGUUUACGCAGCUCAGUAUCCAUCUGAGGUAUCCGGCUUGUCCCUCCUUUGCCCACUUGGGCUGCGAUAUCCGGACGAUAAUAAUAACGCCUUCAAGCGCCUGAGGGAGCAAUCGAUUAAGUCGCAUGAUGUCUUCAAACUUGGCUUAUAUCAUCCCAGCACAAAAAACAUGCAGCUGCUAAAGGGAUAUGUUGCCAACUGGAGACAACAGAAUGCUUUUUUGGUAAAAUGUUUUUUAGAUCUUUCCAACCCAAAGUCCAAGUACAGCCUUCAUGACAGUAUGAGCAAUAUUAGCGCUCUGACACAGGUCCUUUGGGGAAAGGAUGACCAGGUGGCUGACUCGUCUGGCGCAGAAAUUUUAGCCCACGCCAUUCCCAACUCCCAGGUGCAUAUGCUGGAGAGAUGUGGGCACAUCAUAGCAUUUGAGAGGCCCAGGAAAUCUGCAAAGCUCCUCUUGGAAUUCUACAAUUCAGUUUGCGACAAAGCGGAGAAUAAGAAGUUGGCAUAAACCUCACUCAGGAGUUAAGACGCUGAUGCGUUCCAAGCGACUUUCUACUCUGGAAGGGAAAAUAUGGAUCUGAUAUCCAGGAUGUCUGUGAUGGUUUCCUUCACUGGUCAUUAAAAAAGAGGCUGUUCGGUGUACAGUGGUACCUCGGGUUAAGAACUUAAUUCGUUCCAGAGGUCUGUUCUUAACCUGAAACUGUUCUUAACCUGAAGCACCACUUUAGCUAAUGGGGCCUCCCGCUGCCACCGCGCCGCUGGAACACAAUUUCUGUUCUCAUCCUGAAGCAAAGUUCUUAACCCGAGGUACUGUUUCUGGGUUAGCGGAGUCUGUAACCUAAAGCGUCUGUAACCUGAAGCGUAUGUAACCCAAGGUACCACUGUAAUUUGUUUAUUUACUUACCUUACUGUCAAGUCGUCUCCUUUACUUCUACAAAUUUUCAUACUGGUGAAAUGACCUACGGGCACAGAAUGCAAAAAAUAUUAAAAUUGUGGCAUUUUUUGUAGUAGGUGACUACUUUAAUCAUUGGAACAGAAGUGGGGAACCUGAAGACCAGGACACACUAUCUGGCGCAGCCUCAGACCAGAGCCCUCACUUGUCCUCCCUCCAUCAUGCCUUCUGUAGUGGUCAGGUGGGAUUACCAUGAGGAAUUAUGGAAUAUGGAGCAAGCCAUUGUGUCAGCAAUGAAAGCAUUGUGUUGACUGGGUUUGAUUCAUUGACAAUAAUUUCUGAUCAAAUCCCACAAGCCUCUGCAUCUCUGCCAUUUGCUUUCUCUACACCUGCCAGGCACGCAUAAGCAUUCUAAAACACAGGCCAGUUGCUUCAUCAGGCAUCCUCAGUACAUAAAGAAAGUAGGUUACUUUGAUGUAGUUUAAUCUUUAGAUAGAUCUUAAGGGCCAGGAAGAGAGUUAACAAGGAGAUGGUAAAUACUGCCAUCUUGCCUCUCCUGUUUAUGACCUCCGGGGUUUUGCUGAAUGCAUUCCUCCUUUUUAGUCCUGUUUUAUUUACCCCAGAACAUAUGCAUGCUCAAGUAGGAAAUAGUUUCUUUGUCGUUAAAAGAAUUUCUUCUGAUCUGACUUUGUCCCACAUGGCGGUUUUGAAAUGCUCAGAGGAAAUCUGAUUGGUUCUUACGAACACUGUGUAAAAAGUUCUUUUGUGAAUAAAACGACCUGGGCCAAGGGGUGGACAGAAUUAUUAUUAUUAUUGGCACCUCCUCCCAGAGUCUUGCUGGUCA